UCUUUUUAUUUAUUUAUUUAUUUGAAAGUCAGAAUUACACAGAGAGAGUAGGAGAGGCAGAGAAAGAGAGAGGUCUUCCAUCUGCUGGUUCACUCUCCAACUGGCCGCAAUGGCUGGAGCUGCAUGGAUCCAAAGGCAGGAGCCAGGAGCUUCUUCCAGGUCUCCUAUGUGGGUGCAGGGGCCCAAGGACUUGAGCCAUCUUUUUUUUUAUUAUUAUUAUUUAUUUAUUUGACAGAGUUAGACAGUGAGAGAGAGAGAAAGAGAGAAAGGUCUUCCUUCCAUUGGUUCACUCCCCAAAUGGCCGCUACAGCCAGAGCUACGCCAAUCCGAAGCCAGGAGCCAGGUGCUUCUUCCUGGUCUCCUAUGCGGGUCUAGGUGCCCAAGCACUUGGGCCAUCCUCCACUACCUUCCUGGGCCACAGCAGAGAGCUGGACUGGAAGAGGAGCAACCGGGACUAAAACCAGUGCCCAUGUGGGAUGCCGGCACCACAGGCGGAGGAUUAACCAAGUGAGCCAUGGUGCCGGUCCCUUGGGCCAUCUUCUACUGCUUUCCCAGGCCAUAGCAGAGAGCCAGAUCAGAAGUGGAGCAGCCAGCACUCGAACCGGCGCCCAAGUGAGAUGCUAGCAUUACAGGCAUAGCUUUAUCCACUACGCCACUGCGCCAGCCCCUUUGCUGACAUCUUAAGUCAGUAUGGUACACUUGUCACAGUGAAUUGAUAUGUAAUUAUUAACUCAAGUGCCUGCUUUAUGUGGAGUUCCAUGGUCUGUACUUAUGUCACUUUCUUGUCCCAGGAGCCCAUGCAGGAUGCCACAUUCCCCUUACUUGUCACGCCUCCUUAGAUUCCUCCUCGCUUCCAGCUUCUCUGACUUGCCUUGUUUUUGACAACUAAGCAGUUUUGAGGGGUACUGGCCCUCUUCAAAUGCCCCUCUGUUGUGAUUUGUCUGAUGUUUUUCUUAUUAUUCAGCUGGGGUUAUGGGUUUGGGGAAGGAAGAACAUGAGAGCUGAAGUAUCAUUUCCAUGAGAUCCUAUAACAAUUACAAGUUGUCAGUGUGACUUGUCCCCAUUUGCAUUGACCUGCUCACCUGCUUAGGUGAUGUUUGUCAUGUUUCUUCUUGGUGGAGCACCCUCUUCUUCCACCUCCCCAUGCUGUAAUCUUCGCAAGGAAGUCAACUGUGUUCAACCCACACUCAAGGAAUGGGGAAUCUGUAAAUCAAAAUCUGUAUGGGAGAUUACCACUUCUUUUCCAUUUAUUUUUCUAUUUAAUCAUUUAUAACAAUAUAGCAAACAUGGAUCUUUCUACUAUCUAUACGUAUCAGUUAUGAUUCUUGAAAAAAAAUUUUAUGGUGUCCAUGAAGUUUGCAAUAUAAAUUUCAACUAAUCUGAGUUCACCUUCAAAGAACACCCUACUGCUUCCUGGUGGGGGUAGUACAUGAAUCUCAAAACAGUAUUCCCACUUCUUCCAUCCACUCAGUAUGAAGUUACUGUCAUUUCAUUCAUACAUAAGCUGUAAUCACCAAAACAUUAUUGUCAGUAUUAAUUUAAGCAAACAGCUAUCUUUUGGAUUAAGAAAAAGAAAAAUUUUACUUUGUCUUUAUUCUUUGUCGUUUGUCCUUUCUUUAUGUACGUUCACAUUUCUGACCUAUAUUAUUUUUAUUCUUCCUGAAGAACCUUUUUUUUAAUUUAAUUUAAUUUUUUGACAGGCAGAGUGGACAGUGAGAGAGAGAGAGAUAGAGAGAAAAGUCUUCCUUUUGCCGUUGGUUUACCCUGCAAUGGCCGCUGCGGCCGGUGCGCUGCACCUGGCGCACCGCGCUGAUCCAAUGGCAGGAGCCAGGUGCUUCUCCUGGUCUCCCAUGGGGUGCAGGGCCCAAGUACUUGGGCCAUCCUCCACUGCACUCCCUGGCCACAGCAGAGAGCUGGCCUGGAAGAGGGGCAACCGGGACAGAAUCCAGCGCCCCAACCGGGACUAGAACCCGGUGUGCCGGCGCCGCAAGGCGGAGGAUUAGCCUAGUGAGCUGCGGCGCCGGCUAUAACUUUUACCACUUGCAAAACAGAUCUGCUAGUAAUAAAUUCUCUGUUGUUGUUUCAUUGAGAAAAUCUUUAUUUUUCAUCCACUUUGAAGGGUAAGUUUACUGGAUAUAGAAUUCUAGACUAUUGACAUCUUUGUUGCAACACUUUAAAUAUUUCACUUCUCUCUCUUUUUGUUUGCCUGAUUUCUAAUGAGAAAAUCCACUGGAAAUCUUAUCCUUGUUCCUCUGUAAAUAAGAUUCCUUUUCUCUGUCUUCUUUCAAGGUUUCUCCUCGACCUUGGUUUUGUGCACUUGGAAAAUGACAAGCCAAAGUGUAGAUUUUUUGGUAUUUAUCCUCCUCAAUAUUCUCUGAAUUUUCUGGGUUUGUGGUUUGGUGUCUGUCAUUAAUUUUGGGAGAUUCUCAGCCAUUAUUACUUCAGAUAGUUUUGCACUAUUCUCUCUUUGUUCUAUUUUCAUUAUGUAACAACUUCAGAUAAUCAAGUAAAAUUGUAUUUUUUUUAAAGAUUUGUUAUUUUAUUUGAAAGGCAGAGUUAUAGAGAGAGAGGGAGAAACAUGGAGGGUGGGGGGAGAGAGAGAGAGAGAGAGAGAAAGAGAAAGAGAGUUCAUCCAUCUGGUGGUUUAUUCCCUAAAUGGCCAUAAUAGCUGGAGCAGGGCCAGUCUUCCCGGUCUCCCAUGUGGGUACAGGGGCCCAAGCACUCGGGCCAUCCUCCGCUGCUUUCCCAGGUACACUAGCAGGGAGCUGGAUUGGAAGUGGAGCAGCAGAGACUUGAACUGGCACCCGUGUGGGUUGCUGGCACCUCAGGCAGCAGCUUUACCUGCUAUGCCACAGCACCAGUCCUGUAAAAUUGUAUUUUUAACAUGGAAGGAUGUGUGGUAAAUCAGUAAGAAACCUAAGACUGUAAAACAGCAGUAAUCAUUCCUUCAGUUUGGGAAUGUAGACAGGACAGCAGACACCGCUUAUCUUCACUGUACAAAGUCUGGGGUCUCAGCCGAAAGCCUGGGGGCUAGGAUUAUCUCAAGUGUUAGUCACCCCCACGUCACUUCGCUGAUGCUAGUUCCUGGCCCUCAGCUCACACCAGGCAGUUGGAUGGAACAUCUGCCCAUGACCUCUCCAUGUCUUAGGCUGACAGAAUAGUGACUUGUCUCUAAUAGUGACAUCCAGUGAGCCAGGGGCAAAGUGUGUUCUUUUCCUCCCUCUCCUUGGAAAUCACAGCGUCAGUUCCACCGAAUGCCACUGUUACAAGCACUCACAAGCGCCUGCUCAGAUUCAAGGGAGGGAAACAGAACUCAGUUCAUGGUGGGGAAUUGCUGGAGACACAGUACACGAAGAGCUUGUGAGAUGGGAGACCACCCUGGUGUGGCCAUUGUAGGAAAGUGCAGUCUGCCACGUCUUAAAAGUGCACGUAACUCUGACCCAUUAGUUCAGUCUCUGACAGAUACAGGUGUAUAUGUACCUGUAUGUAUGAGGUUGGUCGUUGUGCAUUGUUCGUGACAGUAAAAAACAGAAACUCAGUAUCCAUGGAUACAGGAAAUGGUUUUAUCAGUUAACAUGGACUAUAUCACACAAUUGUAAAAAAGAAUGAGGUUUCUGUAUGGAAAGUUAGCUGCUGUUAACCAACACUCUGCAGCAGGAAUGAACCACGAAUGCAAGCCAUAUAGUCAAUUAAAAUCUUCCAGAGGGGGCUGGCACUGUGGUAUAGUAGGUUAAGCCUCUGCCUACUGUGCCAGCAUCUUGUAGGGCCACUGGUUCAUGUCCUGGCUGCUCUUCUGCCGAGCCAGUCCUUUGCUAAUGGCCUGGGAAAGAAGCAGAGGAUGGGCCCAGUGCUUGGGCCCCUGCUCCCACGUGGGAGAACCGAAAGAAGCUCCUGGCUCCUGGCUUCGGAUUGGCACAGCUCCAGCCAUUGCUGUCAUUUGGGGAGUGAACCAGCAGAUGGAAGACCUCUCUCUGUGUCUCUCCCUCUUAAAUAAAUAAAUAUAUUAAAAAAAAAAAAAACUUCUAGAAGCCAUGUUUAGAAAAAGCAAAUAAGGGGCUGGUGCUGUGGCACAGUGGGUAAAGCUGCCACCUAAAACAUUGGCAUUCUCUUUGGGUACCAUUUCGAGUCCUGGGUGCUCCACUCCCAAUCCAGCUCUCUCCUAUGGCUUGGGAAAGCAGCAGAAGAUGGCCCAAGUCCCUGGGCCCAUGCACCCACGUGGGAGACCCGGAAGAAACUCCAGGCUUCAGCAUGACAUGGCCCUGGCUGUUGCAGCCAUUUAGGGAGUGAACCAGCAGAUGGAAGAUCUCUCUCUCUCUGUAACUCUACCUUUCAAAUAAACAAAUAAAUCUUUAAAAGAAUGAAGUAACAUAAACAAAUACGUUAACAAUAAUAAAAUGUUUCACCUAGCCCAGUGUUCCAAAUAUUAUCACUUCACAUGUAAUCAGUACAGUUAUUAUUUUUUUAAGAUUUAUUUUAUUUAUUUGAAAGCAUUACAGAGAGAGAGGUCUUCCAUCUGCUGGCUCACUCCCCAAAUGACUGCAAUGGCCAGAGCUGAGCCAAUCCAAAGCCAGGAACUUCUUCUGGGUCUCCCAUGCGGGUGCAGGGGCCCAAGAAGUUGGGCCAUCUUCCACUGCUUUCCCAGGCCAUAGCAGAGAGCUGGAUUGGACUUGAACCGGUGCCCAUAUGGGAUGCUGGCGCUGCAGGCUGGGGCUUUAAUCUGCUGUGCCACAGAACCGGCCCCUGUUUUUGAAAUGCCAGUGUAUGUGUGUGAACAUUUUUGUGACAACUGGCCAUAAAUUGUUGACUUCAGGACUAGAAAAGCUGUCUUUAUCUCUGGAGAAACUCCACUGUUGUCUUUGGGAAUGUUUGGAGUCUGUUUUUCCACUCUUGGCCACGAGAUAAGGGCAGUAUAUAUAUUGUUGAUGAGCUCUGGGCUCCUGGCUACCCAGUAAACUUCCUCACUGAUCCUUAACAAGCAGCCUAGAUGGUUUGAUAAGCCUUGCUGCUUACAUAAAAGCCACACCAAGAUGUCCUCCUGUGAGCUUUCUGGAACUAAGAUUCUUCACACAGAUGGGGAGACAGCACACAGCCUGGGUGUGCAGAAGAGGGCGGUUGUGCCUGGACUGUCUCUUGGCUUUCCAGCGCUUCCCUGCACUUGCCUUUCUUGCAGCUCCAUACCUGUCAUGAGUGUGCUCGGUGAAGUGCAGUGAGUCCUGUCAGCUCUGGGGACUGCGACAUUUUACAGCAGCUACAGCACGAAGACAAGGGUUGCCCUGUAUACUGGCAAUGCUUUUAGCCCUGAGUACCCAUGGGAGUCUGUGGCGUUCGGGGACGUGGCCGUGUUCUUCAGCCAGGAUGAGUGGUUGCACCUGGACUCUGCCCAGAGACACUUGUACCGGGAGGUGAUGCUGGAGAACUACAGCAACCUGCUCUCACUCGGGACUCCAUUUUCAACACCAAAAGUGAUCUACCAGUUGCAACAAGGAGAAGAUCCGAGCGUGGUGGAAAGAGAAGUCCCCCCAGACACCUCUCCCGGUGAGUGCCUGGGAAAUGGGCACCAGGGAGCCUUUACAGAUUUCAAGACUUGUCCUAAAACAGAAGCAUUUCCUCCCAAACAGAGUGCUGUUAUAGAAGAAACAUCUCAGGGAAUAAUAAAGGAAAAGCCCAUUCGUUUUGGUGACCGGGACAUCAGUUUUGGAGAAGACAUACUUGUAAAUACAGAUCUUGCCUCACAACAGAAUGUUCCUACAGAAAGCAUGCCCCAUAUGUAUUACACUAUAGGGAAAGACUUUAAACAGAAUUUUGAUCUAAUGAGAUGCUUCCAAGUUUACCCAGGAGCAAAACCUUACGUCUGUAAUGAGUGUGGGAAGAGCUUCACCCAGAAUCUUCAUCUUGUGGAACACCAGAGAAUUCAUACUGGUGAGAAGCCCUACAAAUGCACCGAGUGUGAGAAAGCCUUCAGCCACAGGUCGUCCCUCCUUGCCCAUCAGAGGAUCCACACUGGAGAGAAGCCUUACAAAUGCAGUGAAUGUGAGAAAGCCUUCAGCAGCAGUUCCACCCUCAUCAAACACCUGAGAGUGCACACUGGAGAGAAACCCUACCGAUGCCGAGAGUGUGGUAAAGCCUUUAGCCAGUGCUCAACCCUCACUGUACAUCAGCGAAUUCAUACUGGAGAGAAGCUCUAUAAAUGUGGUGAAUGUGAGAAGGCCUUCAACUGUAGAGCAAAACUGCAUCGCCACCAGAGAAUCCACACAGGUGAGAAACCCUACAAAUGUAGUGACUGUGGGAAAGGCUACAGCCAGUUUACAUCCCUAGCCGAACAUCAGAGACUUCAUACUGGAGAGCAGCUGUGUAAAUGCUUGGAAUGUGGGAGAACCUUCACACGCAUCUCAACCCUUAUCGAACACCAGCGAAUUCAUACUGGACAGAAGCCCUACCAGUGUAAUGAGUGUGGGAAAACUUUCAACCAGUACUCAUCCUUUAAUGAACACCGGAAAAUUCAUACCGGCGAAAAACUUUAUACAUGUGAAGAAUGUGGGAAAGCCUUUGGUUGCAAAUCCAACCUUUAUAGGCACCAGAGAAUCCACACUGGAGAGAAACCUUACCAGUGUAAUCAGUGUGGGAAGGCCUUCAGCCAAUAUUCAUUCCUAACUGAACAUGAGAGAAUCCAUACUGGAGAGAAACUCUACAAGUGUAUGGAGUGUGGGAAGGCCUACAGUUACAGAUCAAACCUUUGUAGACACAAAAAAGUUCACAAUAAGGAAAGACUCUUUAAGUGGAAGGAAUAUGGGAAGACCUUCAUCUACAGCUCCUCACUUACUCAGUAUCAGAGAUUUCUCAAGGGAGAGAAUUCCUCAGAGGUUUAGUUAAUCUCUGAUAAUUCAAUAUUUCCACACUGGAGAAUGAUCAGGCGAAUCAUGAACAUGGCACAAACUCCUAUUAGAUCAAGUCCUUUUUACUUCUCCUGCAGGAAAUAUGCCAGCUACCAUGAUGUAAUGAUAAAAUUGAUCAACGAACAUGUAAAGAGCACUGACCUCAAAUUUUCUGAGAACCCUUAAAUUCUAAGGUUUCUAGAAACUUAAAAAUAAGUUUAAAUGCAAAGAGAAAGUAAAAGACCUCGCUUUUUUAAAAGCACGAAGACCAAUUGAAUAUAAAUUUUGUUUCUUUCGUUGGAUGAUAACUCCUUUCCAAGAGUAAGUGAAUUUUCUUCUAAAAUCAGAGCUGAUGAUGUGAAUAAGUGUGAGGCCUUGUUUCCUAAAAUGGCAGGCCAGCAUAGGAAGCUCUCUCCCUCUCUCCUUUUCAUAAAAAGAAACUGAAGAAUGAAAAGGAAUUUUUGUUGUAAAGAUUUACUUGUUUAUUUUAAAGGCAGAGUGUUAACAGAGAGAGAAACAUGUCUUCCGUCUGCUGGUUUGCUCCAUAAAUGGCCACGAUAGCUGGAGCUGGGCCGAUCUGAAGCCAGGAGCCAGGAGCUUCUUCCAGGUCUCCCAUGCAGGUGCUUUCCCAGGCCAUGGCAGAGCUGCAUUGGAAGGGGAGCAGCCAGGACUUGAACCAGCACCCAUAUGGGAUGCCAGCACUACAGGCAGCAGCUGUACCCACUACACCUCAGCGCUUGCCCAGAAAAGAAAUUCUUUAAAUUUAACUCCUACGAAUCUCUGUGAGCUGCCCCAUCAGCAAGUUGCAUGUGUACAUAUACAUUCAUACAUCACUUAACGUGGGGGCGUAUUCUUAGAAAUGCAUCAUCAAAUGAUUUCAUCAUUGUGCAGACAUCAGAGUGUAUGUACACACACCUGAUGGCACAGGUCAGUCACUCAGGCCUGUUGUAGCAAUGAAGAGACACAGUGAGCAUGAGGUGAAUGAGGCAAUGGCCAGCAUAAAUGGCAUAGGUACUGUUUCACAGUAAGCUUCUGUUUCUAAGUAGGAAUAUAUUCUAAAAUAGCGAUGGAUGGUUAAGUAAAUCUGUAAACCAGUAAGAGUUACUUAUUGUCAUUAUCAAUUAUCCUGUACUGUAAAUUAUUGUGCUAUACUUUUAUGCAAGUGACAGUACCAUGGGUUUAUAUAUACGGGCAUUAUCACAAAUGAGUAACGCAUUGUGCUGAGGCAUUGUGAUGGCAGUGACAUAGCAGGUGAUAAGAACUUUUUAGCUCCAGUAUAAUCUUGUGGGACCACUGCCACAUACGUAGUCCAUCAGUGAUUGAAACCAUAUUGUAUAUACAUAUAUGCAUGUGUGUGUACAUGUAUACACCUAUAUACAGAGUUUUAGAAAAUAUUUUUUUAAAGUGAUGACUUUAAAAAUGCAGUUUUUUAAACUUAGAAUUUAAUGUUUAUAAUCACCUGGGGAUAUCAGAUGCAAUAGACUUAAAAAGAAAAAAAGAAAAAAUUUCUUUCCAAAAGGAAGCCCUCUUUCAGUUACUUUCCUAUGUUAUUUCUCAAUUUGAUAUGGUUCUGUGUAUCUGAAUAGAGUCUUCCUAUAAUACUGUAGAGGGUGAACUAGACAAGCAAGUGGAAAGACCAUCGUGCCAAUAUUUUGUAUCUAUUGUAGAAGAUAGAUAUUUGGCAGGAUCUCAGAUUAUAUCUGGCACUCAUUACAGCCAUGAGAGAUUUUAGUUUAAUUACAGCCCUUCACUUUACAGUGAAGAAGUUGAGUUUAGCAGCGUCAAGACCAGACUCUAGGUUUUCAGGUCUGGUACUGUGAUGAUUACAGGGUCAUUUACAACCUCAAGUUCCAAGAAUACUACUUGUUUCGUGUCCUGGCUAGACACAUGCAGCUAUUUAAUAAGUCAUCUUUUCAUAUAGGAGUAUUUCUCUUCUCCUUAAGUUAAUAACUACCAUAUAAUCAUAAUCCUUUUUUUGAUUAGUCCCUGACUGUACUUUUUUUUUUUUUUUGACAGGCAGAGUGGACAGUGAGAGAGAGACAGAGAGAAAGGUUUUCCUUUGCCGUUGGUUCACCCUCCAAUGGCCGCCGUGGCUGGCGCGCUGCAGCCGGCGCACCGCGCUGAUCCAAUGGCAGGAGCCAGGAGCCAGGUGCUUUUCCUGGUCUCCCAUGGGGUGCAGGGCCCAAGCACCUGGGCCAUCCUCCACUGCACUCCCUGGCCACAGCAGAGAGCUGGCCUGGAAGAGGGGCAACCAGGACAGAAUCCGGCGCCCCGACCGGGACUAGAACCCGGUGUGCCGGCGCCGCUAGGUGGAGGAUUAGCCUAGUGAGCUGCGGCGCCGGCCUGUACCUGCUUUUGUAACCAUACUUAAAUCCUGAAACCUACCUGAUGUCCAGAGUAUGAAAUUACUGUUGAGGCUUUCACAUAAAAGGUUGUCUUUAUUACACAUACUUUGGAAAUUUUUUGUGUGAAGUUGUAUAUGCAUGUUUUAUUAUUUUUUAGAUUUAUUUAUUGAUUUAAUAGGCAGAGUUACAGACAGAGAGAGAAGAGAGGACUUCAUUCCACUGGUUCACUCCCCAAAUGGCCGCAACGGUCAGAGCUGGGUCCAUUUGAAGGCAGGAGCCAGCAGCUUCUUCUGGGUCUCCCACAUGAGUGCAAGGGCCCAAGAACCUGGGCCAUCUUCCACUGCAUUCCCAGGCCAUUAGCAAGGAGCUGGAUCUGAAGUGGAAAAGCCAGGACUUGAACUGGUGCCCACGUGGGAUGCUGGCAUCAUAGGCAGAGGCUUAACCUACUACGCCACAGCGCCAGCCCUGCAUGUUUUGUUAUUGACCAUAUAUUCAUCAUUUUAACAUUUCAUUUCCCUUGACUCUCUUUCCUCCAAUUCUGUAUUUGAUUUUCACAAUUGGUAUAAUUUAAAAAUUGUCCUAAUACAAGUAGCUAGUCCCUUCUCUCUGAGAAAGGUUUUAGGAUUAAAACAAACUCAAGUAUUUAGCAUAGUAUAUUUCUUAGUUGACUUGUUUUAGUCAUCAGAAAAUAUUAUUUUAGGUACUUUAACUGUAUUUACAAGGAAAAUGAGGCUUUAAACAGACCUCAGUAUUUAACACUGUACCCAGUAGCAGUGAGCAGGUUUAGAACCUAAAUGCCAUUACCCAGGAACAGGAACCAGGAUUCCUUCCAAAAAUGGCCGAUUUCAUGUUUGGAGCAGGAGAACUAUAAGUUUUGCCUGGAAUAUCUUUUUAUGAAGGAAAAAUAAUUCAGGAUGGCUUUUGAGGACUAAUGGGGUAAUGUCUUAAGCACACAAGAGUGAACUUACAGGUGCUUGCACUGGCCUAGUUUAGGAAAUCAACAUCAAGAAUCACUGCAAUACACUACAAAGAAGAUUUACAAUGGUUAAAGGGAAAAAAAAAAAAAACAAGAAAGUUAGCUCUUCAUAAAAUUAUUUGAAGAAUGCCAUCUUUCAAAUGUACUGUUUUACAUCCCUUAAUGUAAUUAAAUCUGGCAAAAAUCAAUGGAUAGUAAAACCUAUAGGUGAAAAAAAAAGUUUUAAGGAACAUUUUCAUGGUAUCAGAAAGAUUGCAGAUGCAAUUUAUAAGAGAGAUUGGCUUUUGGACCUGACUGUCAAGCUGAGUUUUACUGCUGUGGGCAAGUUGGUAUUAAGGCUCCUAACAAGAUGCAGUGUGAAGAACACAGUUAUCUCUGAGGUGUGGCCACAUGUGUAACCAAACUCCAACUAAAUCUCUUAUCUAGGCUUAUCCUCCUCUUUACUAGAAAUACAAAAAAUAGAGGAACAAGUUUAGUUAUACAGUGAGAAAAUAGAUAAAUCCAGAGUUUGGGACAUUGUAUGUGAACAACUGCUCUGGACUUUUCAAAAAGCCACUAUAACAAAAAGUAGACUGUCGUGGAGUAAGACACGCAAGAGGUAGCCAAAUCCAAAGUGUGAUCCUUCAUUGGCUUCUGGUUUAUAUCAAUUAAAGCAGCAUUCAGAUAUGUUUGGGGGAUAUUUGUGGUAAUAUGAAGAUGGAAUGCAUUAGUUAAUGUAGUAGGUUUAGUUUUCAUCAAAGUGAUAAUGGUAUUGGUAUGUAAUGUAAUGUCCUUAGGAGAGGCAUGUAGGAUUUGAAGUUCAGAAAGUCCUGAUGUUUUCCCUAUAUUUUCAAAUAAAUAUGUAAAACAAGUCAACUGUUGUUGAACCUUUGUAGUGAAUAUGGAGAUGUUCAUUGGUCUUCCUUUAAACUUGUCUGUAUGUUUAAAUUUAUAAUAAAAAUUGAAGCAAAAAGUUAUAAGGUAAAGUAAUGAAUAUGAAACUUCCACUCAGAAUUCUCACUUAGAUUCUUGGAAAGUUAAUUCUCCAGGAAUGUAAUCACUGGAAGUAAAAUAACUUUGAGUUGUUACUGGUUCAACUUCUUUUUUCUUUUUCUUUUUUUUUUUUAAUUUAUUUGACAGGUAGAGUUAUAGAUAGUUUGAAAGAGAGACAGAGAGGAAGGUCUUCCUUCCAUUGGUUCAUUCCCCAAAUGGCUGCCACAGCUGGCGCUGCGCCAAUCCGAAGCCAGGAGCCAGGUGCUUCUUCCUGGUCUCCCAUGCGGGUGCAGGGCCCAAGCACUGGGCCAUCCUCCACUGCCUUCCCAGGCCACAGCAGAGAGUUGGACUGGAAGAGGAGCAACCGGGACUAAAACCGGUGCCCAUAUGGGAUGCCGGCACCACAGGUGGAGGAUUAACCAAGUGAGCCACGGUGCCGGCCCCUCACUGGUUCCACUUCUAAAAGGGGUAAACACAUUCCACUUUGUCUCACUACAUAUUUGUGGAGCACCUGUCUGAGGACCUUGAAAAGUAAUGGUAGCAGACAAACUUGGGAAGGAAACCAGAAUCUGAAGUACCACCAUGUUGGCCUUCCUGUGAUAGGAAUGAUGGUUGAGUGGGCAUCUAAACCUCUGGUCAGAGGAACCUUGCCAGAUAGGAUUGGGAGAAUCCCUGUUGCUUCCUUCUCUUCCUGUCUUCCUCCUACUUGGACUGGAACUGGAUGUGUCCAUGAGUUGUGAAGCAGAGAGGAGAACCUGCAGCAAUGGAUUCCUAAGCAGAAGACUGGAAGAGGCAGUGGUUGCUGGGAGCUGGACGGUGUUAGGGUGAUGACAGAGAACAGAAAUUCCAGAAAGUGAUCUCCUGAAGUUGUAUGGCAGUCCUGGGCUUCCCCUGAGCUGUACAUGUAGAGGUUUGAUGCUGAAAGGAUGGGCCAUUGCUUAGGUUUGAUUUUGGCCGUGUAGGAUAGAUCCAAUUAGCACUGUAAAUACUGAGAAAACUGACUCUGGGAGCACUGCCCACAGCAGGUGGAGUGGAACUGGUGACCACAACCUAAAAUUGCAGGUAAACAGCCUGCUGAGAAAACAUUUUCUCUAAGAACUAAAUACCCAGAAUUUCAUUCAAAAUGUGUAAGAUGCAGUGCAGCAAUUACAUGAAAAAUACAAACCAGGAAAAUUUCAACAAUUGGUAAGAAAAGAGACAAUGGACACUGACCCCAAGAUGACACAGAGGUUGGAAUUACGAAACAAAAUAUUUUCAAAUAUGAUAGUAUUUCAAAAAGUGUGAUCAUUCCAGAAAUGAUUGGAAAUGUCAAAAUUUUCAACAGGAUAAUAUUUAAAAAGGAAUUAAAUAGAAAUUUUAGAAUUAAAUACAAUAACAAAAUCGACAAAAAAUCAUUAGAAGGCUCAUAACAGGAUGGAGAUGAUAGAACAGUGAGUGAACUUGAGGACUAAUAAUACGUAUUCAAACAAUACGUGAAAAAGGAUACUUGAUCAUUGCAAUUGAGGUAGAAAAAAAACAGUUGAUAAAAUCAAAUGCUCAUUUAUGAUAAAGACUCAGACCAUUAGAAAUAAAAGCAAGCCUAAUGAAGGGCAUCUACCAAAAAUCCACAACGACAUCAUGCUUACUGAUGAUAAACUAGAUGCUGUUAAAAUCAGGAACGAGAUGCAGAUGUCCACUUACCCCUCCUGUUCAGCAUCAUAUGAGAAGUCCUCAGUGCACUCAGGCAAGAGAAGAAAAUAAGACAUUCAUAUUAGGAAGAAACAAAAUGGUCUCUCUUCACAGAUGGCAUGAUUGUCCACUUGGAAGAUCCCAAGGCAUCAACAAAGAUGCUCUUAGAACUAAGGAAUUUAGUAAGGCCUCACAUUCUAUGGUCAAUAUGCAAAAAUCUUCCUUCAUGCUUUCUGGUGAGGGCUGAUGCAAUGCUUAUUGUGCUUCUAUAAGGUAGUUUGAGCCUCCUCUGGCAUCUUUAAAGAUUGUUUCUUUUUCAUUGGUUUUCUCCAAUUUGAAUAUGCUGUGCCUACAUGUAGAUUUUUUUUAUAUUCAUCUGUCUUGGUAUUCUCUGUGCUCACUUGAUCUGUGCUUUGGUGUCAUUUGAUUUUGCAAGAAUUUGGGUCAUCUUUUUUUUUAAGAUUUAUUUAUUUGAAGAGCUACAGAGAGAGGAGAAAAGACAGAAGAGUCUUCCAUCCGCCAAUUCACCCCAGGUGGCACCAAUGGCCAGGGCUGGGCUGGCAGAAGCCAGGAGCUUCCAGGUCUCCCACCUUGGGUGCAGGGUCCCAAGCACUUGGGCCAUCUACCUCUGCUUUUCCCAGACCAUUAGCAAGGAGUUGGAUCAAAAGUGGAGCCACUGGUGCCCAUAUGGAAUGCCAGCAUCACAGGCAGCAGCUCUACCCACUACACCACAGUGCUGGUCCCUGGGCCAUCAGUACUACAAUUGUUUCUUCUUUUUUCUUAUAUUCCCAUUGUCUAUCAAUCCUUUGUAAUUGUCCCACAGAUGUUGACUCUUCUGUGUAUGUAUCUACACAAAUACAUUUUUUUAUUGGUUAAGUCCCCAGCAAGAUUGAUGGGUCACUUGAAAAGUGAAUGCUUAACUAUAGAAAGCUGCCAGUGUUUGUCCAAGUGGUCAGCCCAUUUUGCAUUGUUGAGCAGUGUGAGUUCCCACUGCUCCACAUCUUUCCCAGAUUUGUUAUCAUCAAGGUUUGAUUAUCUUGCUUAUUUUUAAAGAAUAUUUAUUUAGGGGCUGGUGCUGUGGUGCAGUAGGUUAAACCUCUGCAGUGCUGGCAUCCCACAUGGGUGCUGGUUUGAGUCCUGGCUGCUCCACUUUGAUACAGCUUCCUGCUGAUAGUCUGAAAAGGUAGUGGAAGAUAUCCCAAGUGUUUGGGCCCCAGCACUCAUGUGGGACACCUGGAAGAAGCUCCUGGCAUCUGUCUUCAGAUCAGCCUAGCUCUGGCCAUUGUGGCCAUUUGGGGAGUGAACCAGCGGAUGGAAGCUCUCUCUCUCUCUCUCUCUCUCUCUGCCCCCCCCAACACUUUCUGCCUUUAAAAAAAAAAAAAGAUUUAUUUAUUUAUUGAGAGGCAGAGAGCAAGACGAUCUAUCUGCUGGUUUAUUCCCCAAGUGGCCACAAUGGCCAGGGCUGGGCCAGGCCAAAUUUCGGAACCAGAACCUCCGUCUGAUCUCACAUAUGGCUGGCAGGCGCCCAAGUACUUGAGCUAUCCUCCAUUGCCUUCCCAAGUGCCUUAGCACCUCCACUUAGAUGAGAAGUGGGGUAGCCGUGACUCAAACCAAUACUCAGAUAGGAUGUUGGCAUUACAAGUGGUGGCUUAACCUGCUGCACCACAAGGCUGGCCUCUUGUUUUUCAUUUUAAUCAUACUAAUAGAUUACUAAUGGUGUCUCACUGUGGUUUUAAAAAGCAGUUCUCUAAUAACUAAUAGUGAUUUUGGUCAUCUUUCCCCAACAUUUGCCUUCUGUACAUCUUCUUAAUGAUAUAUCUUGCCCAUUUUUGGAGUUUUUCUUUAGUGCUUGGAUUCAAGAGUUCUAUGAUCUGUAAACAAGUCCCUUGUCAAUUAAAUGAUUUGCAGAUAUCA